CUCCCUGUAGGUGUUUGAUGGCAGUAGUAACCAGGCUCGUCUGUUGGGUGUGUUCUCUGGGACUGAGCUGCAGGACAACACUCUCAACUCUACAUCCAGCUCCAUGUGGCUGGAGUUCGUCAGCAACGCAGAGAACACCAGCAAGGGCUUCCAGUUACACUUUACUAGUUUUGAUCUGUUGAAGUGUGAGGACCCGGGCGUUCCUCAGUUUGGUUACAAGAGAGAAGAUAAGGGUCACUUUGCUGGCAGCACCGUGUGUUAUAGCUGUGACCCAGGAUACACCCUGAAGGGACCCCAGAUCCUGACCUGUUUGAGGGGGGAGAGGAGAGCUUGGGAUAGCCCCCUGCCUCUAUGCGCUGCGGAGUGUGGGGGGACCAUCAAGGAUGAGCCUACAGGUCGUAUACUGUCUCCAGGUUACCCAGCUCCAUAUGAACAUAACCUACACUGUGUCUGGAGCAUUGAAGCAGCCCCUGGAAGCACCAUCAGUCUCCACUUCCUGGUAUUUCAUAUGGAGGAGGUUCAUGAUGUGUUGCGUAUCUGGGACGGUCCCCAGGACGGAGGGGUCCUCCUGAGGGAGCUCAGCGGCUCGACCCUUCCUCCUGACGCCCACAGCACCUUCAACGCCAUCAGCCUCCAGUUCACCACCGACUUCUUCACAUCCAAACAGGGCUUCGCUCUGCAGUUCUCUGUGUCUACCGCUACGUCAUGCAACGACCCAGGACUGCCUGCCAACGGGACUCGCAGUGGGGACAGCAAGGAGCCAGGAGACCAUGUCCUGUUCCAGUGCGAUCCCGGUUACGUCCUCCAGGGGGCCACCAAGAUCACCUGCACAGAGAUCAACAGCCGCUUCUUCUGGCAGCCUGACCCCCCCACCUGCACAGCUCCGUGUGGGGGGAACCUGACAGGUCGCACUGGGCUAAUCCUGUCUCCAGAGUACCCUGAGCCGUACCCCCACGGACGAGAGUGUGACUGGACCGUCUCUGUCACCCCUGACUACGUCAUCGCACUCAAUUUCAACCAAUUCAGUCUGGAGCCCAGCUAUGACUUCCUCCACAUCUAUGACGGCCCUGACUCCCUCCACCCUCUGUUGGGGAGUUUCUACGGUACUGACGUCCCCGACCGCAUCGAGAGCAGUUCCAACACUCUCUUCCUCGCCUUCCGCAGCGACGCAUCGCUCAGCAGCAACGGCUUCGUCCUGCAGUACACAGGUAGGUCGCACUCCCUCUAGUGGUGGGAGGAGUAAAGUGCUUCUGUGGUUUUUGGUCUUUUGUAGUAAUGGAGAAUGAGAAGUGGGGAAGAGAGAGAGAGAAAUUAGGGGAGAGAAAGAGAGCGGUGGGGCGAGAGAGAGAAAGAGCGAGAGAGUUGGGGCGUUAGAAAGAGGG